CUCACAUAUAUAACCCUCUUCUUCUUCCUCCCCGAGCCAUCCGCCACAAAUUCAAUUCCCAGGCUCCAUUCCAUCUCUUUUUAAAAAAACGAAAGGCUCCACUCCAUCUCCUCUCCCAAGUCCAUUUGCAAGCUCACUUCGUACGAGUCCAGCUACGAGUACCGAUCUUUAUUGUUAGAAGCUUCUAUCUAUAGCAAAGGCGCGGCGCCAAGGCGUAAUGGGCAAUGGGCUCUCGAUCACCCCGUGCCUGCACCUGCCGGGGACGGCCGCGGCGGUGAGGCUGGUCUACUGGGGCGGGCAGGCGCGGCUGCUCGCCGACGACGGCGCCCGCGUCACGGCCGGGGACGUCGCGGCGGAGCUCCCGGCGCCGGCGACCGACCACGCCGUCUGCCCCGCGGACGCCUUCUUCGUCGGCCUCCCGAUCCCGGUGAUGUCCCCCGGCGAGGAGCUCCUGCCGGGGCGGACCUACUUCGUGCUCCCCGCGGCUCGGUUCCCCUCGCUCAAGGUGCUCACCGCCGCCACGCUCGCCGCGCUGUCGGCCGCGCCGGCGGCGGGGGCGGGGAGGACGAGGAAGGCGGCCCCGGCGGCGCUACCGUUCGAUGGGCAGUGCCCGUUCGAGUACGUGAAGGGCGACGGCGGCGCCGCGCUCAUCAGGGUCCUGCCGGAGUUCAUCGAGAAGGUGAUCACCUGCGACGGCGGCCCCGCGAAGGCGCCGAAGGCAACGUCGGCGGCGGAGCUGUGCAGCACGCCGGAGCUGAAGCGGCAUUACGCGCAGCUCGUGGGGCCGAGGAGCCGGCCGUGGUCGCCGAGGCUGGAGACGAUAGCGGAGAGCGACAGGAGCAGAUGGCUCAGGUCGCCGGCGAGGAUGCUGUCUUCGCGAUAGCCAUAACUAGUACUGAGUAGUAGUCUGCCAUACAGAUUUCGUUUAGAAUCAGGGACGAGCAGCAACAUGUACAGAUUGGUUGCACAUUUUUGUUGGAACGAUGGAGAUCACGUUGGUUACCCACUUACUCUUACUAACGAGGAUCAUUUCCGAUAAUGGAAGUUUUAUUGAUUUUUAAGAUA